UGACCCUUUGACUCUUGGCCGCCCCACACCCAGCCACCUCACCCCCCCGCUCCGGCCAAAAAAAGAAAAAAAAAAGGGGAACGAACUGCAAAGUUAAUACUUCAAGCACGCGCUCCCAUAACGCGUGCAAAAUACUCCUACCAUUUGAUUAUUUCAACAAAAAGGGUCCCCACCUGGACUCAUACACCCUCUAAAAUCGGAAGCACCCAACCAACGCGACAAAUAGGCGCGUGGGGGAAAUCACAUUCCAACGCGCUAUAGGGUCUUUCUUUGCCCUAAUCGCCUGCGAACGAGAACUCGCGCUCUUAUCAGAAACAAACCAUGACCUUCACCGAUAGAUCCAUAUAUUAACCAUGUCUCUCCUCCUCCUCCUCCUGAUCUACCUUCAUCUCGGAUCUUCAAUCGGUUAAUUUCGUCUUCAUAUUUUAGCGGUUUCUCCCUCUCUUUCUCUCUCCCUCUCUCUCUCUCUCUGAUUCAACUCAAUAACUCGGUUAAGGAUGGAGCCAAUGGACAUCGUAGGAAAGUCGAAGGAGGACGCUUCGCUUCCAAAAGCAACCAUGACUAAAAUCAUUAAGGAAAUGUUGCCUCCAGAUGUGCGUGUUGCUAGAGAUGCUCAAGAUCUUUUGAUCGAAUGUUGUGUAGAAUUUAUAAACCUAAUCUCAUCAGAAUCUAAUGAAGUUUGUAGUAGAGAGGAGAAAAGAACAAUAGCACCAGAACAUGUACUCAAGGCUUUAGAGGUACUUGGGUUUGGUGAGUACAUCGAGGAAGUUUAUGCAGCAUAUGAACAACACAAGCUUGAGACUAUGGACUUAAAAAGUGGAAAGUGGAGCAAUGGAGCGGAGAUGACAGAAGAAGAAGCGUUGGCUGAGCAGCAGAGGAUGUUUGCGGAGGCACGAGCAAGAAUGAAUGGUGGGACCAAUCCUCCGAAGCAACCAGACCCUGACCAAAAUUUAGAUAGCUAACUUUAGGAUCUUCUAGUUUCUUGAAUUGUAGGCAAGCAUCUAAGACACUCCAAAAAUUCGCCUUCAAAUUCUCUCUUAUAUUAUGUACAAAAAUCCAUUGACUAGUCUGCUGGCCUAUGUUAAUAUGCACUCCUAUGUGUAUUCACUUUAAUGGGAUCAAUGUCUAUAAGUUAAUGUAAUUAGUGAGAGUUUUAUCCAGAACCACCUGUCAGAAUUGUAUGUAAUUAUUUGGUUUAUUAAGUUAUAGUUUGGGAAGGUCACAAUUCUUUCCGUCCUGGUUAGUUGAGCCUGCACUUUCUCAAAUAGCAUUUAGCUCUCCGAUGUAGUUGUUGGCACCAUUCGUUGUGUGUGGUUCUUGCAUUGUAAGAACAGGGAAACUGCUUUUUAAUUGUUUGUGGUGGUUAGGAUUAUGAAAGCAAUUCCCUUGCUUAUUAUUAUUAUUAAUAUUAAUAUUAUUAUUAUUAUUA